ACUUGACACGGGUCUGAACCGGGAUAGUUUAUGUUUGUCCAUCAUGUUUCAGCUGUUUUGUAACGCUGGCUGGAGGCGGGUUUAACUCUGCUGCUCUGUUACCGAAGACCCGUUACGACCCGGGUUAAAGUGUCGCUGUCCGGUCAGCAGGGUUCCGGUUAGCACGGCUCCAGUUCAGGGCUAAAACAUGUCCCGGGUUCUGAUAGUCGGAGCGGGUCUGACAGGCAGCUUGUGCGCAUGUCUGCUGAGGAGAGAGCUGCAGAACAAAGUUCAAAUCGUGGUGUGGGACAAAGCGAGAGGCUCAGAACAUGACAGGAGACACCAGGAAACUACAGACAACUGAAGCUGUCUCUGUCUCUCAGGUGGCAGGAUGUCCACCACUCGUCCUUCAGACCCCUCAGCUCACUUUGCUGAUCUUGGAGCUCAGUACAUCACCGCCACAACUGCCUACGCUAAGUCACACCACAGUCUGUACUCAGAGCUGCUGUCUGCUGGAGUCCUGAAGCCUCUCAACGCUCAGAUUGAAGGACUGAAGCACAAAGAUGGCAGCAAGGACUACAUGACACCACUGGGCAUGUCCAGUAUAGUCAAACACUUCCUGUCUGAGUCAGGAGCAGAUCUGUUCUUUGAGUGUCAUGUGACUGGCCUGUACCGCCGUGGUGCAUCAUGGGAGGUCCAGAGGAAGGCAGGAGGCAGUGAGAUGUUUGACGCCGUCGUCCUGACGAUGCCGGUCCCUCAGAUCCUGCAGCUGGAGGGAGACGUGGGACAAAUGCUGUCUGUCCAGCAGAAGCAGCAGUUGGACGGAGUUGUGUACUCGUCUCGUUUCGCCGUCGCCCUCUUCUUCCCUCCGGACACCGUCUUCAGUUUCUCCUGGGCGGCUCGAUAUGUCACCGACAACACCUGCAUCUGCUACAUCGCUGCGGACUCCCGCAAACGCAACGCAGACGCUCCUGGUUGCGGUCCGUCUCUUGUCGUCCACACCAGCGUCCCAUUCGGCCUGGAGCACCUGGAGAAGGACAAGGAGGACGUCCAGCCAAUCAUCUUACAGGAACUUCAGAAGCUACUUCCUGAUCUACCUCAGCCAAUCAGCAUCAAGUGUCAAAAGUGGAGGUACUCGCAGGUGCUGACCUCGGUGCCAGACUGUCCAGGUCACAUGACCGUCCUUGACCGCCCGCUGCUCGUCUGUGCCGGCGACGCCUUCGUCCACUCCAACUUUGACGGCUGCGUGGAGUCUGCACUGAGCACACUCAGUGUGCUGAAGGCCUCGUUGUGAUGCGACAGGAAGUGACUCAGACUGUGGACGAGUUUCCGAGACGCCUUCAGAUCAGUGAUCAAUACAGGUCAUCAGUGAACACAUGAACAAUUUAUGAAGUGAUUAAUUUUAUUUACAUAUUAAUGUUUCAUUUAUUUUAUUGAAUGCACAUUAAUCAACAGUUCAGCUGAUUUAUUGAUCUGAUGUUUCAUUGAUUGUUUUUCACUGAUUAAAUUAACAAAUGUGA